GUGAUUUGUUUCACUUCACACCUGAUCUCACUUAAACCUGAUGACAGGCUCGCUGUGGGUUUCAGUAGGAGAACAUCAGCAGGCAUACAAGCUGCUGGAAUAAAUCAUUUUUAAAGCCAAAAUAUCCUGUAACAAUCCUCUAAAGAGUCAGGGGUCGGUAAAGCCUCAUUACAGCAGAAAACUUUAUCAUAAAGUGAAUCAGCACAUUAACUGUUAGACAUUUUGAAGCUCAAGAUGAGUGAAGUGAUUGAUCUGACUCUUGAAGGAGAAGACAAUAUGCAGCCUGUCGACAUGGACAUGACCUGUAAUGUUCCUCCCUUCGGUUCUUCAUCCCAACAGGCUGAAGCUCCAGGUGUUGCAGAGCAGCAGACCAUGAGAGUUUACCUCAGAGUCAGACCUUUCUCUAAACAGGAGCUCUUUGACAAUGAGGAUCAGGAAUGUGUAGUGAUUGAAAACAGCCAAAUGGUGACCCUGAAUGCACCAAAAGGUUCUGCCACCAUGAAGAGCAGUGAAAGAGGCAUCGGCAUGUCAAUCCAUAAAUUCUCCUUCUCACAGAUUUUUGGUCCAGAGACGACUCAGUGUGAGCUGUUUGAGGACACUGUCAAAGGUCAAAUGUCUGAUUUCUUAGAUGGGGAAAACACUCUUAUAUUCAGCUAUGGAGUCACCAACGCUGGGAAAACCUUCACAAUCCAAGGAAGUCCUAAAGAGCCAGGAAUCCUCCCUCGAGUGCUGGAUGCCACCUUUCAGCACAUCAGCGGCCGCCAUUACGAAGGGAUGGACAUGAAACCUCACCUCAGGAACGAUGCACAGCACCUUGAUCUGGACCAAGUCAAGCAGGAGAAGAGUGCUAAAGCUGCUGUCUUUGCUUCAGCCAAAGAUGAUUGUGAUCCCAACAGAGCCAGCGGUGGUUCAGAGUUUUUUUCCUGCUCCAGCCGGGCUCUCUCAUCCUCUUCUUUGUGCUACGAUCAAACAGUGACACUGAGCAACCAAUCAGACUGCAGCCAGUUUGCCCUGUGGGUUGCAUUCUUUGAAAUCUACAACGAGUGUGUGUACGACCUGCUUCAACCUUUGCUGUGCUCCAAACUGAAGAAACGUUCUUCUCUGAGAGUGUGUGACGACGGGGCUGGAAAUGCUUACGUAAAAGAUCUGAGGUGGAUCAAUAUCCAGACUCUGAGUGAAGCCAGCAGACUGCUCCAGUUUGGAAACCGGAACAGAAGUGCUGCAGCCACAAAGAUGAACCAGUCGUCCAGCAGAAGCCACAGCAUCUUCACCAUGAAGUUACUGCAGAUCAGCGGCAGCACAGUCAAGAGGAUCUCUGAGUUUUCUCUGUGCGACCUUGCCGGCUCUGAAAGAUGCAACAAAACCACAACAUUUGGAGAGAGGCUGAAGGAAGCGGGAAACAUCAACAACUCCCUGCUCAUCCUGGGGAAGUGCAUCACCGCGCUCCGCAACAAUCAGACAGACAGAAUGAGGAGCAGCUACAUUCCUUUCAGAGAGAGUAAACUCACCAAGCUCUUCCAGGCUGUUUUCUGCGGUAAAGGACGAGCUUCAAUGAUCGUCAACAUCAACCAGUGUGCUUCCACGUACGACGAGACUCUGCAUGUGAUGAAAUUCUCUGCUGUUGCCAAACAGGUGGUUCAGGUGAUCCCAGACAAACGGCUGGAAGCUCUGGCUCCUUGUUUGGUCGGCAGAGAUGGGAAACCUCUGGUGAAGAACGGGGUGAUUGACAGCCAGGCACUGGAGAGCUACCUGUCUGAGGAUGAGCUGCUGGAUGAGGAGGAUGAGGCUGACAUGACUGUGCUGCCUCAGCAUGAGCUUGUAGGUAUGAUCGAGUAUCUGCGGACAAAACUGUUGGCUGAGCGAAGAAGAAAUCUGGUUCAGGAAAUGGAGAUUCGUAAGGAAAUGGGAGAUGCCAUGUUACAGCAGCUCAUGGAGAGUGAAGAGCUACGCAGUCGACAGAUAGAAGAGCUGAAGGAGAGCUACCAGGAGAAGCUGGAGAACACGUUCGAGAUGUACAAAGAUGCACUCAAAGAGCACGCCUACCAGAGCGCCAUGGACAACCUGGAAGACGACUAUGUACCUCUGGAUGAGUUCAUCGCUGAGCAGGAGAAAGUGGAGGCCCUCAAAUGUAAAGUGUCUGAGUUGGAGACCUUGAUAUCUGCUAAUAGAGGAGGAUUGUGUGCAGCUCCAGCAGUGGACCAUUCUUGCCAAACUCAACCAAAGAAAGCAACAGAUUCAGCAGAUGAUCGAUACAAUCGACUGUACAGAGAAAAAUGUGCCAUAGUGAGGAUGUGUGAGGAUAAACAAGAGUUGAUUUUGUCUCUGGAGAGACGGCUGAUGGAGAUCAACGACACACUGCAGAGGGUCAGAGAUGGUUUCAUGGAGAAGUCAGCUGAUCUGGAGGCUCUGCAGAGGAAGGUUGAUGAUCUGAACAAAUCUUUGGACGACGUCCUGCGGCAGAACCUUGAGAAGGACAGGGAGAUUUCCUCACUGAAGGCAGAACUCACAAAGCUCUCCCAGAGGUCUCCUGUGCAGCCAAAGAUCAAACGUAGCCUGCUCGCCAACAUCAGAGAGGCGGUGACUUCUCCACGUAAGACGACACCCAGCCGGACGCUCAGGAAGACGCUCAAGAACCCACAUCAAUGAAAAGCCAGCAUCAUGAGGUGUUGUUUUAGGUUUUCAAACACAAACCAUGGACUAUUUCAGUGAAAUGGUAUCACUGAAACUUUAUUUAUUGUACUCAGAUGGUUAUUUUAAAUGUUUUAUGUGCUUUCUUUUAAUAAAAUUUAAGGUGCGAAAACAAUUUA